AUAAUAAGAAUGUUUCUAUUUCUUUGAGUGUACAAAUAUCGUGUUUUUCAGUAUCAACUAUCAAUAGGUCAAGUAUCGUACUCUUGUGUAUCGAUCCGAAAAAUCGAAAUAUCGUCUUAAAAGUUGAUAUUUUUGAUACCGAUACAAUAUCGCCCAUUGCUAGAAUUAUAUACUGUGAAUGAUAAUAAUCAGUAACUAAGUAAUUGAUUAAUUGGAAAUAGACAUUUAUAUUAAUACGAAAUGUCAACAUUUAUCCGUCGAGAUAUUUCUCCACUGCUUCGAGAAUUGCGAAAUUUUUUGUUGGGGAGAAAACAUACAAAUGCCUUGCGUUUCGAAAAUGGACUCGCUGCAAGAACUCAGCCCCCUCCAAGUUUACCAGAAGGGCCAAAUCACAAGGUUUAUUCAAAUUAUUAUGCUCUACGUGAUGCACGCCGAGAGGUUGUGUCCCCAAUGGAUAUAACUUCUAUAAAAUCAAUUGGGAAACGAAGUUCCUGUCACUUCAGGGUGGGUGAGGAUGUUGGAAGGUACUAUCAUUUCACUUUGCUACCAAGCCAUCCAAGUGAACGUAUGCAGCCACUGGUCUAAUCUACACAAUCAGGGAUGCUGUCGGAGUGCAGAUCGAUAUCGCUCUAUCGAUUUCUAUCACCGAGAAGAAUAAUCGUCAACUCAUCGUUAGAUUCACCAACGACGGUGAGAUCAGUCUCCAAUCGAUCACGGCCGCAUUCGGGUGUCCCAAGGGGGAACCCAACAAUCAACUUAAAUCAACUUACCGAAUAAUUG